AGAUAACUUGUGUUUGGACCAAGUUGUUACUGUUUUAUAUUUGAUGGAAUGAAAUGUCGGAUUGUCUGAAUCGAACGUGUGACAUAAAUCCUUUCUGGGAAGCUUGCUUUUGAGAUGAGUAUGGAUAAAAUCGGUUUGAGAUUCAGAACAUUAUUGGCUGUGGGUACCAUUACCUUCUCAACGUUACUCAUAUUCACUCUCAUACACCAAAACUCAAUCUUUUAUUUUGUUGACGGAUUUUCCAGCAUCAAUGUUUUGUCUGCAAAUAACAACCCCAAUGCUACUGUCUUGAAACAAGGAAUAAAAGAUCACAAAAUUGCAUACUCUUCGGUAGAUAAUAAGGUGUUGGGAGACAAAGAUCAAAAUGUUAUGCCUGGGAUCUUUCAACAACGAUCGGAAAUCGGUCCAAAAACUCAUUCACUUGAAGACCAAAAGAAGGAUACAUCUCAAUCAUCUACUAGCAUUGCUAAUGACCAAUUCCUUGAUGGACUUCUAGUUUCCACAUUUGAUGAAGCAUCAUGUUUAAGUAGAUAUCAAUCUCACUUAUACCGCAAAGCUUCCCCGUAUAAACCUUCUGCAUAUCUUUUAUCCAAGCUACGAAACUAUGAACAUCUUCAUAGUAGUUGUGGACCUCGUACCAAAUCAUACAACAAAACCAUGAGAAAGGGCUCAAAAUUUAGCAAAGAUGAUGCAGGUACAAAGUGCAAAUACCUUGUCUGGACACCUUCCAAUGGAUUGGGGAACAGGAUGCUAACCUUGGCUUCAGCAUUUCUAUAUGCUAUCCUCACAGACCGGGUUCUACUUGUCAAAUUUGGGACUGACAUGUUUGGUCUCUUUUGUGAGCCAUUUCCUGAUUCCUCAUGGUUAUUGCCCAGGAACUUUCCUUAUUGGAAAGAUCAGAAACAUAUUGAAACAUAUGAAACCAUGUUAGGGAAUAGCAAGAAAAAAAUAUCAAAGGAGCUUUUGCCACAAUUUCUUAUUCUUAAUCUACAGCACACCCAUGAUGGUCAUAACAACUUCUUUCAUUGUGAUCAAAGUCAAGGUCGUCUCCAAAAAGUUCCUGUUCUAAUUUUGUGGUCGGAUCAAUAUUUUGUCCCUUCGCUUUUUAUGAUUCCAUCAUUUAGACAAGAACUAAGCAAAAUGUUCCCUGAGAAAGACACUGUUUUUCACCAUUUGGGACGUUACCUUUUUCACCCAUCCAAUGCGGCAUGGGAACAAAUUAGCAGGAUCUAUGAGGCACACUUAGCCAAGGCAAAUGAGAGAAUUGGCUUGCAGAUUAGAGUAUACAACACUCACCGAUCACCGCAUCAAACCAUUAUCAAUGAAAUUAUAGCCUGCACCCUUCAGCAUAAGCUGCUGCCCGAAUUAGAUGUGCAGAAAACAGCAACAUCUCUUUUGAAGAAGCGGACAUCAAAAGCUGUUCUAGUGGCAUCUCUCUUUUCAGAAUAUGGUGAGAAGCUGAGGACUAUAUAUAAAACAAGUACAGCUAUGACCGGAGAGUUAAUAAAAGUUUAUCAGCCAAGUCACGAAGGGCGUCAAAAGUCAAAUAACGACACACACAAUAUUAAAGCAUGGACAGAAAUAUAUCUGCUGAGUUUGUGUGAUGCAUUAAUAACAAGCCCAAAGUCUACUUUCGGGUAUGUUGCUCAUGGUCUUGGAGGUUUGAAGCCAUGGAUUCUGCAAAGGGCAUAUGGAGAAACCAUCCCAAAUCCACCUUGUCAACGAGUCAUGUCGAUGGAGCCUUGUUUCCAUUAUCCUCCCAAGUAUGACUGUAAGGCCAACAACACAGUUGAUUUUACUUCCCUUUUUCAUCACAUGAAGCAUUGUGAAGAUGUCAGUAGUGGAUUGAGGUUGGUUAAUGCUAACUGAUAGGUAACAAACUAACUAUUGCAACCAGCAUGGGGUUAUUUGCUUGCUGCACUAAUAUCAUUGGUCCUUGUUCGCUCCAACAUUUCACUACUUAAAUUGGUAACUUCUAUGUUUGGCAGUAUUUGAGGACCUCAAGCACAGUGAAAAAGAGUUGUGUUAUGGUUAGUAGAAUGGUCCCCUAUUCCCAGUUCAGUGAAUUGAUGAUGGAAACCUUUCAUGACUGAAGUCCUUCUGCUUGUGCUAGUGCUAAUUUAUUGGUGAUGAUACACAAAUGAACCUCACAAGACUGAAGUCCUCUGGUAGAAUAUUUUAAUGAUAGAAGUUAUCUGAGGCUUGCUUGCAUGGUUAUUCUUAGCUGCUAUUUGUUGGACACCCCCUGAUGUUACCGGCAUAUGGUCUCCCUAAUAAGCAUUAUUUCGAGUAACAUUAGUUCUUGUCUCAGUUUCUGCAUUUUGUGCUACUAGUUUUUGCUACUAGCAUUGUAAUUAUAUUUGUGUGCUCCGAAUAAGAUAUAGAUAGUUCUGGUUCAAGUUGGGAUAUAAACAUUAUAUUCUUAACUUGUCCAUUUGCUUUAGACUAAAACAGAAAUACAAUUUUCUGCUGUACAUGGGUACAAUAACAUCAACAUAUAUUGCAUCUUUGUUUUUUUCUUUGUA